AUGGACUCCCGCCGAGUCCUUUCUCCCCGGCCGCUGAAGGAUGCUAAGCGGGUCCUUGUGCAAUCGCGGCGGCAGUGUGCGUGCGUGGGGGAGACGGGUGAGCUGGCAAGCACACGUGGCCCACGGCGAGGGGUUGCCCCCCGUCUCCAGAGGAGCCCGGACGCCUGCCUCCCAAACCCGUGCCGGCAUCAGGGGGACUGCCAAGGGAUGGAGGACAGAGCAGUUUGCAGCUGCAAACCGGGCUUCACAGGGCCCUUCUGCCAAGAUGUGGUACUGAAGUUGGCCUGUGAGGACGAGCACAUGAAGAUGAUGGUGAGGAAGGAGGUGUUUGAACUCUUGAAAAUCCCCCGGGAGCUUGUCCACUUGAAGAACCAGGCAUGCAAGGUCUCAGAAAGGGAAGAAGAGGGCGAGCUGUUCUUUGCAGCCACUCUCACAGGUGAAAACCACACGGCCUGCGGAUCAAUAAUUCAGCAAAAUGGCUCCCACGUGUCGUACUACAAUGUCAUUGAGUCGGAGCGGGAAGCACGUGGGGGUGUGAUCUCCCGGAGUUUUCAGCUGGAGGUGAAUUUCUCCUGCAUCUACGCGUACGAGCAGGUGGUGAAGCUGCCCUUCGUUCUCACUGCUGUUGACAAGCUGGUGCAGUUCGUGGUCAGAGAAGGACACUUCAACGUCAGCAUGGGACUCUACAAGACCCCCUUGUACCUCCAGCCCUACCACCUGCCGACCGCGGCCAUCCCCGUCACGGACACGCUCUAUGUCCCUCACCAGCUCAGGUACUUCGUGCUGAGCGUGAAGGACUGCUGGGCCACACCGAGCGCCGAUCCCUACCAGGACGUGCAGCACGAACUCAUCACACAGGGGUGUCCUCACGAUGAGACGGUGACGUACCUGAAUGCCAUUGGAGAGAGCCCUACCGCCAAGUUCAGCUUCCAGAUGUUUCAGUUUGUUGGCUACCCCGAGGUGUUCCUGCACUGCCGUGUCCGGCUCUGUCUCCCCGACAGCCCGGAGCCCUGUGCCGAGCCAUGCCCCAGGCACUGGAGGAGCAAGCGGGCGCUGGGGCAUGACUACAACAAGGUUGUCUCCUACGGGCCCAUCCUUCUGCUGGCUGCCCCUUCCUCAGGAGCAGAGACCCACAGCUCCAGUACUGACCAGCAGGACCUGGGGGGUGCCGUGGCCAUGUGCGGCGGGCUCCAGAAGCCAGACCGGCGCGGAGAGAUUCGCUCUGCAUGA